AAAGUACCCAGCUGCAGCUGCUGACUCAAACACUUUUGACCAAGCAUAAGGAGUGAAGCUUUGCAGCCAUCCUGAAAGGAGACAGCCUGUGACAGUGGCGUCAGCUGGCCUCAUGCAGUACGAAGACAAUUUCACAGACUACCUUCAGAACUAUGAAGAAGAGGAGACGCCCCUGUUCUACCUCAGUUGGGCCCAAAUUGCUUCUCUUGUGCUCCACAGCCUGGCUUUUCUCCUCGGAGUGCCUGGCAAUGCAAUCGUCAUCUGGGUCAUGGGCUUUAAGUGGGAUAAGAAGGUCACUUCCCUCUGGUUCCUCAACCUGGCCAUUGCGGACUUAACCUUUGUCCUUUUCCUGCCUUUCUACAUUACGUAUGUGAUCCUGGGCUUCCAUUGGCCCUUUGGGAAAUGGCUGUGCAGAGCAAACGCUUUUAUCGCCUUGCUCAACAUGUUCGCCAGCGUCUUCUUCCUGACAGCCAUCAGCCUCGACCGCUACAUCUGCCUGAUCCACCCGGCCUUCUCCUACAAGCAUCGGACUCUCAAGAAUACCCGUCUCCUGAUUCUGACCAUUUGGGUUUUGGCGGCAGUCAUUGGAAGCCCGUCGUUGUAUUUCAGAGACACGCUUACGCUCCCCAACAACGUCACCAUUUGCUACAACAACUUUCACAAGACUGACUUUCAUCUCAUUGUGCUCAGACACCAGGUUCUGAUCUGGGUCAGGUUCGUUUGCGGCUAUCUCUUCCCUCUCUUAACCAUGAUCAUUUGUUACUCCCUUCUGAUCAUCCAGGUGAAGAAGAGCGCUGUCCUGACCUCCAGCAGGCUCUUCUGGACUAUUCUCACUGUCGUGGUGGUCUUUUUUAUUUGCUGGACCCCCUACCAUAUAUUUAGCAUUCUCGAGCUGUCGGCUCACCAUAAUAACUCCUUGCAUGAUUUGCUUCCAGAUGCCAUUCCUCUCUCUGUUGGCUUUGCGGUCAUCAACAGUUGUCUCAAUCCCAUUCUUUAUGUCCUUCUCAGCAAGAAGCUCCAAUCCUGUUUUAGUGUGACAUUUUCAGAAUUGGUGAAGCACACCCUCUGGGAAGUCAGCCGCUCUGGGACAGUCAGUGAACAGGUUUGGAAUUCCAUGAGCCUACAGCCCUGGGAAGCCCCUGAGGAUGAGAUCCCUCCCACUGAAGUUUUGCAGUGACCGACAGUCUCUUUCCAAAGUAUCCCCCACGUUCAAUCAAGCAGCAGAGGUACUUGUAAUUAAAACACCCAACUCUAACUACAUGUUCACAUCCCAAAGCCACAGGACAGCCUUCCCCAACCUGGUGCCCUCCAGAUGUGUUGGACUACAUGCUGACUGGGGAAUGCCAGGAGCUGUAGUCCCACCCAACUGGAGGGCACCAGGGUUAGGGGGAAGGCUGGCAUGGUGGGCUGAGUUUGGUCAGUUGAACGUUGUGGCUCACUUCCGCCAUUUUUACAGGCUCCCAUGAGCAUCUUUAAUUGCCAAUAAAGUUGUCGGAUUUGUGGCAGUCAAAAGCUCAUGUGACUCAAGGAAGAUGAGGGUAUCCAUGAAUAUGAGUCAUGAUGGCUAUUUCUGCCAGAGGCAGUAUGCCUCCCAAUACCAGUUGGUGGCGAAAGAGGAGCAGGAGGGUG